AUGGAUGUUGAUAGAGUUACAUCUGGUGCAGCAAGACCAGUUGGGUCACAGGAGAGCUGGGAUUUAGCUGAGUUCCGCAAGUGUCAUCCUCCACAAUUCAAGGGUGAUGCAGACCCAGAGGUAGCUGACUACUGGAUCUAUGAGAUGGAGAAAUUUUUUACAAUGCUAGGAUGUUCACAGGAGAGGAGGUUGGCUUUUGCCAUUUAUAUGCUGGUUGGGGAAGCUGAGCAUUGGUGGAGGGGCACUCAUCAGAUGUUGGUUGCUAGAGGAGUGGUGGUUGACUGGGAGUGCUUUAAGAGAGUUUUUCUCGAGAAGUACUUCCCAGAGAGUGUGAGACAUGCCAAGGAGGCAGAGUUUAUGAGGUUGUACCAAUGGAGUUUGAUAGUGUCUGAUUAUGCGAUGAGAUUUGAGCACUUAGCUUGGUUUUAUUCUCAGGCUAUUUCUGAAGCUUGGAAGUGCAAAAAAAUUGCUGAAGGUUUGAAGCAAGAGUUGAAGAGGGUGGUGCUGCCUAUGACCAUCACUGAGUUUCCGGCCUUAGUUGAAAAGGCGAAGGUUGUUGAGCGGUUGGAAGGUGGCAACCGGGUAGUGAAAAAUACUGAGGGACUAGCUGGGUCUAAGAAGGGUGGAGGUCAGAGGAAGCCUUAUGAUAGGCUCCAAUCACAACAAGGGGGUCCUGUCACAAGGAAACCUACUGACAAAGCUAGAGGUAGGAAUCAGAGUGGUGUCACUCUCAGAUGUUAUAGAUGUGGUGAACGCCACUUCGUUUGA